AAAAUUAAAGCCCAUAGCAACAUGAGUAAAAUGGAUGUCAAAACAGGAUUAGUUGCAGGCUCUCACAACAGCAACCAGUUCAUCAUCAUCAACCCAGAUGCUAAUUUUUCUAGAAGAGUUUGGGAGGAAGAGGAAAGAGGAAAGGAAUGCAAAAUAUGUGGAGAAGAGAUAGGAAAAGACGAAGAAGGAGAAGAGUUUGUGGCAUGCAAUGAGUGUGGCUUCCCAGUUUGUAGGAAUUGUUAUGAGUAUGAGAGAAGAGAAGGAAGCCAUGUCUGUCCUCAGUGCAAAACCAGAUAUCCACGUCACAAGGGGAGUGCUAGAGUUGAAGGAGAUGAGGACGAGGACGACAUUGAUGACUUGGAGAAUGAGUUUGAUUUCAAUGGAGGAACAGGACAACAGGACAUGCAGAUCUGCACUUAUUCGAAGGUUGAACAUGAUCAUGAAGUGGGAGAAGGGCAAAGUAAUGCAAUAGUGGCAUCAAGCAAGGGCAAUAAGGUAAUUUUAAUAAAAGCAAGACCUAUGGAUCCUUCCAAGGACUUGGCUGCUUAUGGCUAUGGAAGUGUUGCGUGGAAGGAGAGAAUGGAAAUUUGGAAGGAAAGACAAGAAAAUCUUCGUCUAAUGAGAAGUACUGAAAAUAAUAGCACUCAUGAACAGCAUCAACAAAAUUUUGCAGAUGGUGACUCCUCAGAUCUCCUACUAAUGGACGAGGCAAGACAAGCAUUGUGGAGAAAGAUGAAGAUCCCAUCAAGCAAAAUAAACCCAUACAGAAUAAUGAUAAUAAUUCGAGUGGUGAUUCUUGGGUUCUUUUUCCACUAUAGAGUGACGCAUCCGGUGGACGAUGCUUAUUCUUUGUGGCUCGUAGCUGUUGUGUGUGAGCAUUGGUUCGCUCUUUCAUGGAUUCUCCAUCAGUUCCCAAAGUGGUUCCCUGUUCAGAGAAAAACCUAUCUGGAUAGGCUCUCCUUAAGGUUUGAGAAAGAUGGGCAGCCUUCAGAACUUUGUGCAAUUGAUAUAUUUGUGACCACUUGGGACCCAUCGAAAGAACCACCUCUGGUGACUGCAAACACUGUUCUGUCCGUUCUCGCGGUGGAUUACCCUCCUCAGAAGCUCACUUGCUACGUGUCAGAUGAUGGUGCUUCCAUGUUGACAUUCGAGGCCUUAUCUGAAACUUGUGAAUUUGGAAGAAAAUGGGUUCCCUUUUGUAAGAAAUUCAAUAUUGAGCCUAGGGCUCCCGAGUGGUACUUUGCAGAGAAGAUCAAUUACUUGAAAGACAAGGCACAUCCAUCGUUUGUUAAAGAGAGGAGAGCUAUGAAGAGAGAGUACGAAGAGUUUAGAGUUCGAAUUAAUUCUUUGGUUGCAAAAGCUAGAAAGGUCCCUGAAAAUGGAUGGACAAUGCAAGAUGGAACAAUAUGGCCUGGAAAUAAUGUCGGUGACCACCCUGGGAUGAUCCAGGUUUUUCUUGGACAAAAUGGACGACGUGACAUGGAUGGAAAUGAAUUGCCACGCUUGGUGUAUGUUUCUAGGGAAAAGAGACCUAAAUUCAAACACCAUAAGAAAGCAGGAGCAUUGAAUGCAUUGGUCAGAGUUUCUGCUGUGCUUUCAAAUGCUCCUUAUUUGUUAAACUUGGACUAUGAUCAUUACAUCAACAAUAACAAAACUCUCAGGGAAGCAAUGUGCUUCAUGAUGGACCCCUUACAAGGCAAAAGAAUAUGCUAUGUUCAAUUCUCUUAUAGGUUUGAUGGUGCUGAUAAUAAUGACAGAUGCAACACUCAAAGUACUUCAUUCCAUGAUAUUAACAUGAAAGGCUUGGAUGGGAUUCAAGGACCUAUAUAUGUUGGGGCAAGAUGUAUGUUUAAAAGGCAAACACUAUAUGGCUAUGAUGCUCCAAGAACAAAGAAGACACCAGCUAAGACAUGCAAUUGUUGGCCAAAGUGGUGUUGUUUAUGUUGUUGCUUAAGAAAGAAGAAAAAGUCAAAGAAUUCAAAGUUUGACUUUACAGAUAGUAGCAACACAAAAGUGCAUGCAGAGAUAUCUAUGGCAAACCAUGCUUUGACCUAUAUUGAACACGGAACCAAAGGAGUUCCAAGACAAGUUUUAGGUGAAACGUUUGAGCCAAAGUUGUGGAAAAAAUUUGGGCAAUCUCCAAUAUUUAUUGCAUCUACUCUUCUAGAGAAUGGUGAGACAACAAAAGGUGCUAGCCUUGCUUCUCUACUUAAGGAAGCCAUCCAUGUCAUUAGCUGUGGCUAUGAGGAGAAGACUGAAUGGGGAAAAGAGGUUGGAUGGAUCUAUGGUUCAACUACAGAGGAUAUACUGACAGGGUUUAAAAUGCACUGUCAUGGGUGGAGAUCCAUAUAUUGUAUCCCUGAAAGGCCUGCAUUCAAAGUUUCUCCACCAAUAAACCUUUCAGAUGGUCUAAUUCAAGUAUUUAAGUGUGCACUAGGAUCUACUGAGAUAUUCUUGAGCAAACAUUGCCCUAUAUGGUAUGGCUAUAAAGGAGGAUUGAAGUGGCUUGAACGCCUUUCUUACAUAAAUGCUACUAUUUAUCCAUGGACAUCUAUUCCUCUUAUUGCAUAUUGCACUCUUCCAGCAGUUUGCUUGCUCAUAGGAAAAUUUAUUGUUCCUCAGCUUAAUAACUUUGAUGGCAUGUGGUUUCUCUCACUUUUCAUAUGCAUCUUUGCAACAAGCAUACUAGAGAUGAGAUGGAGUGGAGUGACAAUUGAUGAGUGGUGGAGAAAUGAACAAUUUUGGGUGAUAGAAGGAGUAUCAGCAAAUUUAUUUGCAAUAUUUUUAGGACUAUUCAAGGUGAUAGCUGGUAUAGAUGCAAAGUUCAUUGUGAAAUCAAAAGCAAGUGAUCAUGAUGAUGAUGAUGAAGAAAAUGACUUCUCUAGGCUAUUUGCAUUGAAUUGGACCACUUUGCUCAUUAUACCAACGACAUUGUUAAUUUUGAACCUCAUUGCCAUUGUUGCAGGCGUGUCACAUGCAAUUAAUACUGGUUUUGAAUCUUGGGGUCCUUUGUUAGGAAAACUAUUCUUUGCCUUUUCAGUGAUUUGUCAUUUAUACCCUUUCCUUAAGGGUAUGCUAGAUAGACAAAAUAGGACUCCCACCAUUGUUCUUGUUUGGUCUGUUUUGCUUGCUUCUUUCUUUUCUGUUUUGUGGGUGAAAAUUGACCCUUUUUCACCCAAAUUCAAUGGUCCAAUCUUGGAGGAGUGUGGAUUGGAUUGUGAUUAGCUUCAAACUCUAAUGUUUUUAAUGAUAUUUCUAAUAGGAGUUGGUGAGGAAAUUUUUAUGGGCCCAAUUCUUCCCUGAUUUAUAUAUAUAUUUGAAGCAGUGAGGAUGUCAUAUUGAUCUACUUGAGUUUCAGACUAAUUAUAUUUGUAUUCAUGUAUCAUAUUUUUACGUUUUAUAAACAUGUAUAAUGUCAUCAAGCAUAUUUCU